AUGACAGCCCGCCAGACCUUCGAAGUCGGUUCCCAGUGGCCCCUCUACGCGCCGGAAGUGUACUUCGAGCUCGCAAUGCUACGCUGCGCCGCCGAGCAAGGCUUCCAGCCCGGCAAGCUUACCAAGAGACGCACGGACAAGCGGAUGACUGGCAAGAUCUACGAGAUCGGCUGCCUACACCCUUCGUGCCCCUUCUCCGUCUCGCUCCACGACUCGAUCAAGCUCGCGGAGUGCGUCACCUCCGACGUUCGUCUCGCCCACAAUCACCCGCUCGUCGUCGGCAACGGACCCUCGGCAAAGGAGCUGGAGAAGGCGGAGGGGAAGGUUAUGGCCGCAGCGAAGACAGAGCUGGCGAGGUUGCGUGCGCCGGCGGGUUAUCGCGAGGGCAUCGAGAAAGAGGAGGCGGAGGACGUGUUGUGGCCUUCGUGCGAGCAGGAAUGCGUGUUGUGGGAUUUGAGGGACGUUUGGGGCGAGGAGAGGGCGAGGGAGUGGGAGAGGGCGUUCAGGGAGGAGGGGUUGUUGGCGAGUGAUUACCCCAACCCCUCGACCUUCGACGGUCCGCACCCUCUCACCGGCCCUCGCGCAAAGCGUCUCCCCGGAUGCGGCGCCAAGCCUCCUGUCAAGGUCGACUUCGAGUCGCAGAAGCCUGGCGAGGAUCGCCAGCUGCGCAGGAGGAAGCCGGACGCGCCGAAGAAGACGUUCCCCAAGCUGUCGUCGUCGGAGGACGAGGAGGACAUGCAGGUCAAGGUCGGCAAGAAGCGUGUCGUCCACGUCACGCCUCCGACGGUCCCGCCUUUCCUCCAAUCGACCAAGAGCUGGGACCUCAAGGCGUUUGAGCAGAGUCUGGAGGCCUACACUCGCGCGAACGGCUUUUCGACGAAGAAGUGCUCGUCCAACUCGCCUCGCCUUGCGUAUACCUGCACGGUCGUGUCGUGCGGAUGGCAGGUCGUCCUCAAGCCGCAGUUUGGCAUCCAGGAGUGGUUGGUGGACGACAAGGCGAGCGUGUUUGCGCACAGGCACGAAGCUGGUGCGGGAAACGGGAAGGUCAAGCCCGAGGUCGAGAAGAAGCCGGCGGCGAAUCACGGCGACCCCUCGACGUUCCGCCUUCCUCCCGAGUACAAGCUGCCCGUGAGCAAGAUCGACGUCGACAAGGUCGCAGUGCGGUACGAGGACGGAUCGGACGACGAGUUCUUCGCCAUUGACCCGCGUGUCCCUCAUCGCAACCGGAAGAAGCUGCCGCCAAAGCCAGGUCGCGGCAAGUCGAUCCCGCCGCCGUUCGUUCCCGCGCCCGCCUUCAACGAGAUCGAAGAUGAGCCGAAGGCCGACCGCUCGCCGACCUUCGUCGCCCAGCCCCCGACGCCGGACUCGCCCGCCUAUGCCAUCGGCGCGCCUGCUGCGCCCGUUCCGCCCUACUUCGCCGCCGCCUACCCGCAACCCGCCCCUUGGUACGGCUACUCGCCGCAGCAGUACCCGUCGUCGCACUUCCAGCUGCCGCACUGGGUCCCGCCAGCUCCGCAGACGCCGGCCUACACGCACGCCGCGCCGCCUUACUCGCCGUACCCGAUCCCGCUCGCUCAGCCUGUUCAGCCCAUUACGCAGCCCAUCACGCUCGAGGAGUACUUAGCAGACCUCGACCAGCAAGGUCUGUUCGAGUACAGCGCAUAUGCGCCCGCACUCCGCCGAGCGGGCGUCAACGAGCCCGCACAGCUCGAGCGUCUCGCCGAGAAACACCUCGACAAAGUCGAAACCGCGCUGAGGAGGGCGGACCACACGGAUGAGCUGCUGCUCGAGGCGUUCAUCGACGACCUGAGGGCGGCAGUGGACGAGAAACAGGCGAGGUCGAAGCGGUCGGAGGCGCCUUCGUGGGUCAAGGAGUCGCAGUAA